AAAUUCAAAGCUAUGCCUAUAGAAUCGCGCAUCGAAAAAAUAAACCAGUUAAGUCUUUGUACUAAUUGUCUUCGCGCAGGGCACGACGAACAACGCUGUCGACUUAGUUCAUGUCGUUUGUGUACCAAACGUCACAACACUCUGUUACACAUUAACACUCAAUCCACAGAACCACUGGCUAGCAAAUCAUCUACUAAAAGUGACGGUGUCUUACCUGGCGUGCAGGACCAAUCUAAACCUGCACAAGACAACAUCACACUAUCUUCUAUACAUCGCAGCCAAGCUCUUCUUUCCACUGCUAUAAUCAAUGUUCAAGACCACUCUGGUCAAACACACAAGGUCCGUAUUAUGCUAGACAACGGAUCAACUAUUUCAUUCAUCACAGAAUCUUUACAAAAACAAUUAGGGAUACCCAGUUAUUCCACAUUUACCUCAGUUAACCUACUGGAGGACAAAACAACAAAAGCCACUAAAAAAUGUGACGUCACUAUAUCGUCACUAUACGAUCGCAAUUAUACAACCGAUGUUGAUUGCUACGUUUUAUCUCGGAUCUCCGAUCUCAUACCUACUAAUCCAAUUAAUUGCAAUGCUUUCGAAAUUCCCUCUCACAUCCACCUCGCGGACCCAUCAUUCUCGGAACCGUCAGAGGUGCAGAUGCUGCUGAGCGCUGACAUAUUUUGGGAUGUACUUUGUCUAAAUAAGAUAUCCCUAGGCAAGAAUCUACCAUUACUAGUCGAAUCAAAACUAGGGUGGCUAGUAGUUAAAUUACAAAACUCAAACAAAACAAAACAAAAUACAGUCCACUGCCAUUUCUCUAAUACAGAGCUAGAUCACAAACUAAACGAUUUUUUUGAUAAUGAUGGUUUCUCUAAUAUCGAAAAGGUGUAUAACAAAUCUAAAUCUGAUAGCGAGUGUGAACGAAUCUUUACAAGUACUACCACGCGCCACUCGGAUGGGAAAUUCAUUGUAACGGUACCACUUAAAGAAUCCCCCGAGGUGUUAGGUAACUCUAAAGAACAAGCUUUGACAAGAUUUCAGUCAUUAGAGCGCAAAUUCAAACGCGAACCGGAAUUCAAAGAGCAAUAUACUAAAUUUAUGAAGGAAUAUUUACAGUUAGGUCAUAUGUCAGAAAAUAUAGACUCUCAAAACGAUACAUUCUCUUAUUUUCUUCCACAUCAUGGAAUUUUGCGCGAGGGGAGCCUCACAACAAAAUUAAGAUCUGUUUUUGAUGGAUCAGCUGUCACAAGCUCAGGGAAGUCAUACAAUGACAUUCAACACAUAGGCCCGGUUGUCCAAGAUGAUUUAUUGAGCAUUCUCAUUCGAUUCCGACAACAUAGAUUUGUUGCAACUUCGGAUGUAGCUAAAAUGUAUAGACAGAUUUAUGUAAGAGAAGAUCAACGAAGUUUGCAGCAAAUCCUAUGGCGGCCUGAUCCCACACAACCAAUUAAACCAUACAAACUAAACACGGUCACAUACGGCACGGCCUCAGCUCCCUGGUUAGCGACAAGAACACUAAAACAAUUAGGUAUCGAUUGCAAGGACGAACUUGCACGUGAAACGAUUUUGCAUGACUUUUACGUUGAUGAUUACAUCACUGGUCAUGAUGAUGAACAAACACUCAUACAUACAUGUCAAAAUGUCAUUAGCGAGCUAGAACCCGCUCAUUUCAUGUUACGAAAAUGGCGGUCUAACAAACCGUCCAUUCUAACUCAAAUUGUAAAUGAAAACAAUGAUGAUGAUUUUCUAAAUCUAAACAACGAUGAAUAUGCCAAAACUUUAGGCCUACUUUGGGCUUGUAAACGAGACACAUUAUUGUUUUCAUUGCCACACACAAUUAAAACACCUAAAACAAAACGCACUAUUUUGUCCACUAUAGCGCAAGUGGAAGAAACUCGACCACUUACGACACUCUCCAAAUACAUGAGAGUUCAACAGCUCAAGGCUCAUUUUUGGAGAAGAUACUCAAAAGAAUAUAUUUCAGAGCUCCAGUCCCGCAGCAAGUGGCGCACUCAGGGUGCGCAUCCACAGCUGGGCGAGAUGGUCAUCAUCAAGGAUGACCGCUUACCACCCUACCGAUGGCUGCUCGGACGAGUCACAGCCGUCCACCCGGGCAGCGACGGCGUCAACCGCGUCGCCGACGUCCUCACCACUACGGGGACCCUGCGCAGGGCAUACAAUCGGCUCUGCCCACUUCCAUCGACGUUGGAUCAGGCAGCUCCUGACCCAAGGGGGGCAGCCUGUUAA